CGGAUCCCCACGGGUAGGGCGGGGUGGGAGGCGCCGCGGGGAUCCCGGGGCUGCCGAGGGCCCCUGACUCUUCACUCUGGAAACAUGGACCGGAUGGCUAGCUCCAUGAAGCAGGUACCCAACCCGCUGCCCAAAGUAUUGAGCCGGCGUGGGGUUGGUGCUGGGAUGGAGGCUGCAGAGCGCGAGAGCUUCGAGCGGACUCAGACUGUCAGCGUCAAUAAGGCCAUUAAUACGCAGGAAGUGGCCGUGAAGGAAAAACAUGCCAGGACGUGCAUCCUGGGCACCCACCAUGAGAAAGGGGCUCAGACGUUUUGGUCUGUGGUCAACCGGCUGCCUCUGUCCAGCAAUGCCAUGCUGUGCUGGAAGUUCUGCCACGUCUUCCACAAGCUCCUCCGAGACGGACAUCCAAAUGUGCUAAAAGACUCUCUGAGAUACAAAAAUGAAUUAAGCGACAUGAGCAGGAUGUGGGGACAUCUGAGCGAGGGGUAUGGACAGCUGUGCAGCAUCUACCUCAAACUGCUAAGAACAAGGAUGGAGUACCACACCAAAAAUCCCAGGUUCCCGGGUAACCUGCAGAUGAGUGACCGACAGCUGGAUGAGGCUGGAGAAAGUGAUGUUAACAACUUUUUUCAGCUCACAGUGGAGAUGUUUGAUUACCUGGAGUGCGAACUGAACCUCUUCCAGACUGUGUUCAACUCACUGGACAUGUCCCGUUCAGUGUCUGUGACCUCAGCUGGGCAGUGCCGCCUCGCACCGCUGAUCCAGGUCAUCCUGGACUGCAGUCACCUCUAUGACUACACUGUCAAGCUGCUCUUCAAGCUCCACUCCUGUCUUCCAGCUGACACCCUGCAGGGCCACCGAGACCGCUUCAUGGAGCAGUUCACAAAGUUGAAAGAUCUGUUCCAGCGCUCCAGUAACCUGCAGUACUUCAAGCGGCUCAUUCAGAUCCCCCAGCUGCCUGAGAAUCCACCCAACUUCCUCCGCGCCUCAGCCCUGUCAGAGCACAUCAGUCCUGUGGUGGUGAUCCCAGCGGAGGAGUCAUCGCCAGACAGCGAGCCGGUCCUGGAGAAGGAUGACCUCAUGGACAUGGAUGCCUCCCAACAGAAUUUGUUUGACAACAAGUUUGACGACAUCUUCGGCAGCUCCCUGAGCAGUGACCCCUUCAAUUUCAACAAUCAAAAUGGUGUGAACAAGGAUGAGAAGGACCACUUGAUUGAACGCCUGUACAGAGAUAUCAGUGGACUGACAGGACAGCUGGACAGCGUGAAGACUGAGAGCCAUCGGACCAUGCUGCAGCUGAAGGGCCGUGUGAGUGAGUUGGAGGCAGAGCUGGCAGAGCAGCAGCACCUGGGGCGACAGGCUACAGAUGACUGUGAGUUCCUGCGCACGGAGCUGGACGAGCUGAAGAGGCAGCGAGAGGACACGGAGAAGGCACAGCGCAGCCUGACUGAGAUAGAAAGAAAAGCCCAGGCCAAUGAACAGCGGUAUAGCAAGCUAAAAGAGAAGUAUAGCGAGCUGGUUCAGAACCAUGCUGACCUGCUGCGGAAGAAUGCAGAGGUGACCAAACAGGUGUCCGUGGCCAGGCAAGCCCAGGUAGAUUUGGAAAGAGAGAAAAAAGAACUAGAAGAUUCCUUUGCACGUGUAAGUGACCAGGCCCAUCGGAAGACUCAAGAGCAACAGGACAUUCUAGAAAACCUGAAGCAUGAACUAGCCAGCAGCAGACAAGAGCUGCAGGUCCUCCACAGCAGCCUGGAGACCUCUGCGCAGUCCGAAGCAAAAUGGUUGACACAGAUCGCCGAACUGGAGAAGGAACAGGGUAGCAUGGCUACUGCCGCAGCUCAGAGAGAAGAGGCGUUCUCAGCCCUCCAGGGCCAGUUGGAAAGCACCAAGAUAAAACUGGCCAGUGCCCAGGAAUCCAUGUGCCAGCAGGUAAAGGACCAGAGGAAAAAACUCUUGGCAGGGUCUAGGAAGGCUGCGGAGCAUGAGAUACAGGAAGCGCUGAGUCAGCUUGAAGAGCCUGCCCUCAUCAGCUGUGCAGGGUCCACAGAUCACCUUCUCUCCAAAGUCAAGGCUGUUUCCAGCUGCCUUGAUCAACUAGAAAAGAGCCACAGCCAGUAUCUGGCCUGCCCAGAAGAUAUCAGUGAGCUUCUGCACUCAGUAAGCCUGCUUGCCCACUUGACCAGUGACACCAUUGUUCAGGGGAGUGCCACCAGCCUCCGGGCCCCACCGGAGCCAGCCGACGCUCUGACAGAGGCCUGCAGGCAGUGUGGCAGGGAAACCCUGGCCUAUCUGUCUUGCCUGGAGCAAGAUGAAGCCAUGGAGAAAAACGAUAGCACAGCCAUGAGGAACUGCCUCAGCAAGAUCACGGCCAUUGGCGAGGAACUGCUGCCCAGGGGCUUGGACAUAAAACAGGAAGAGCUGGGUGACCUUGUGGACAAGGAGAUGGCCGCCACUUCAGCUGCCAUUGAAGCUGCCACGACCCGGAUAGAGGAAAUACUCAGUAAAUCCCGAGCAGGAGACACAGGAGUCAAAUUGGAGGUGAACGAGAGGAUCCUUGGUUCCUGUACCAGCCUGAUGCAAGCCAUCAAGGUCCUUGUUGUGGCCUCCAAGGACCUCCAGAAGGAGAUCGUGGAAAGCGGCAGGGGUACCGCAUCCCCUAAAGAAUUUUAUGCAAAGAACUCUCGGUGGACAGAAGGGCUUAUAUCUGCCUCCAAAGCUGUUGGUUGGGGAGCUACCAUCAUGGUGGAUGCUGCCGAUCUUGUGGUCCAAGGCAAAGGGAAGUUUGAGGAACUGAUGGUGUGUUCGCAUGAGAUUGCUGCUAGUACAGCCCAGCUUGUGGCUGCAUCCAAGGUGAAAGCUAACAAGGGCAGCCUCAAUCUGACCCAGCUGAAGCAGGCCUCUCGGGGCGUGAACCAGGCCACAGCUGCUGUGGUGGCCUCAACCAUUUCUGGCAAAUCUCAAAUUGAGGAGACAGACAGUAUGGACUUCUCAAGCAUGACACUGACCCAGAUCAAGCGCCAGGAGAUGGAUUCUCAGGUCAGGGUGCUGGAGUUGGAAAAUGACCUGCAGAAGGAGCGUCAAAAACUAGGAGAGCUUCGCAAGAAACACUAUGAGCUGGCCGGUGUUGCCGAGGGCUGGGAAGAAGGAACAGAAGCAUCACCUCCUACUGCUCAAGAAGCAAUACCUGAAAAGGAGUAGAGACGAGCCCCACAUGUCAGAAUGUAAAUCCUUGCUACCCUUCAGUUAGUGACGCUCCCUACCAUGGCACACCAAGGUCCUUGCAGACCUCUACAUUGACAAAAGCUGAAGGCCAUCAUGUCCCCUCAUGACACCACCUCUGUCUGGAUGCAUGAUGAGUUCUUAUGUCCCUGACGUACAGGCAGGCCAGUGUUGGCCAUGAGCAAGCUCAGGUCCACAGAAAAACGGCGACAUGGCCAACCUGUCUUGCCUAAUAUCCACUUCCUCACCAGUCUUGUCCUUCCCUGAGAGGCUUCUUGUCAUUGGGAGCAUGGGGAGGGGACAUCUCACAUCUGUUCUCUCCCACCCCCGCCUUGUUAGUCUUUUGCAUUUUGUCACUUGCACAAACGUGAGCAUCUGAACUCUGCUGGAUUCCAAACCAGACCGCUAUCUGAAUCCAGGGUCAGAAGAAUGGUAACGAACGGCCUGGCGGAGAAUGCCAAAGCAAUGCCCCCCACACACACUACACUUUUGGGAGUUUCAUGGAUCUCCUCCUGCUUAUUAUUAGGUAGUUAUUUGGGUCUUUUGGGUUUAUAUUUUGAAGGUUUUACACAGCCAACUUUUCCAAAAAAGGGUUCCAACCCCUACCCCAUCCUGAGCUCUGAGCCUUCUGAGAGGAAGUACCCCCCACCCACACCGUGGUGCGGCUAAGGCUCCGCCUUGGUGCUCCAGCUCAGCUCUUCCGUCAGCCAAGGCCACUCCCCCCCAGGGUGACAGCUCUCCUCUGAAGUCUGAAGCAGAGCUAGUGCCUUUAUUUUUCAGACCCUGGGUGUUAUCCCCAGGCCUCUGUCCACCUUCACAAGCCAGGGAGCACCAGAGAUUUUUUUGUUUUGUUUUGUUUUUAAAAAGGUGCCAGGGGCCCGCUGUUCAGGGGACAUUUUUCUUAGGCGCUCAUGUGACCAGGCUUACCACCCCAUCACAUGCUGGAAUGGGGGCUGGUGGAGCAGCAACACUACAUCCCCAGAGCAAACUUCCUGUGCCACGUCACAUGGGCCACCUUCCUCAGACCUGGGCCACACGCUAAGAGGGACAAAUACAACGGGGCCGGAAGUGAUUCCUUUUCCAGCUGCCUGCUUCUGCGUCCUACUGAACCAGGAAAGGAUGGUUGUGUGUGUCACUUGCUCCCAUCAGGAAGAGAACUCAGCUUGGGCUAGGACUCUUCGUAUUUAUUACUAACAAUCUUCACACAACAUCUGCCCCAGAGACGCUUGGAGCAAUCACGACUGAGGGUGUCAGGCUAGGCUUGCCCUCUGCCAUCAGUCUUCACAGACCACAGACAAGACUGAAGAGCCAUGGCUCGUCAUUUCUGGGCAUGGAGCCCAAAGCAGGCAGGUUCCUUGAAGCAUUGAGGAGCGGGGAAAAGGAGAAAGGGGACCACUGGCUAUGACACCAUUCCCGCCCGCCACUGCCCACUCUUGCUCCCAUGACAAUAGGAUGGGGACAGAAGGCAUCCUGCCUAGGUACUAGCAGCCGGACAGCACUUUGCCACUCUCAAACGGACCACUGAAUUAAGUGACCUUCUGAUCUCUAUGAUGGGGCAGGGCGAUGGUGUCUUUCUUUAUCUGUAACUCUUAGGUGGUAGCCAGCAAGCACUUCCUUGAACCUGUCCCCAGUGGGACAUGGCUCAGCUUCGCUGGGUGAUGGGUUGUGAGACUAAUUAAUGUUUGAUCACUGUGAAUCAACCCCCUUCUUUCUGCUCCACCCACACCCCUUCCCUGAGUAUCUUCUAAGCCGGCACUCCAAAAACUCCCAACAACCCAGGCAUCUGCUGAGACACAAGACCUCUGUGUUGGGCUAAAGGAGUUAUUGCAGUAGAAACGGCCUGUUUUGGUGCCAGAAAAAAAGGUUCUCUGCUUAGCAUUUCUUGAGUCCAAGGACAAGAACAGUGUGGGGUGUUGUUGGCCCAUUUGUGCCAAUCAAGCCAAUCCAAGUCCUCACUGGAGGUUUCCGGAAGUGUCGACUACAAAGUCAGUUCUUGCUUCUAGCGUUAACCCAUUCACACUCCUCUGUCCCAGCAUGAGGAAAUCAAACGCACAGCAUUAGAGCAGGGCUCUCUGAAUGCAUAACACACCUGUCUGAAAAGCCAGCCAUUUUUCAAACCCUAUUAAUUAAUCUCUCCCUGAGUAACAAAACAGUCAAGGGCCCCAGCGUGAGGUAGGUCAACAGUACAAGGUCCCUACCUGCUCAGUGUUGUAUCAGAACUUUUUAGUGUAACUCAAGUCAGAAACUUCCUUUCGCUAGCCAGGCUUAGUAGUGCAUACCUGCAAUCUUGGCAUUUGGGAGACUGAGGCAGGAAGAUCCUGAAUUUAAGGUCAGCCUGGGCUACAUACAUGUCUCAAAAAAAAAGAGUUAAAAGUAAUUAGAUUAUAUAUGUGCAUAUGUAUAGAUUAUAUAUAACUUUGGGUUUUUUUGUUUUGUUUUGGGUUUUUUUUUUUUUUGAGAUAGGGUUUCACUGUGUAGCUUUUGGAGCCUGUCCUGGAACUCUGGACUUGUCUUGAACUCAGAGAUUUGCCUGCCUCUGCUUUCUAAGUGCUGGGAUUAAAGACAUGUGCCACCACUACCUGGCUUAUAUAUAACUGUUUUUGGAGACAGAGUCUUAAUAUAUAGCCCUGUCUGGCCUUAAACUAGAUAUAUCACUGCAUUGUCCUUGAACUCACAGAAGAUUCCUUUUCCUCUGCCUCCCAAGUGUUGGGGUUAAAGAUGUGAGCUAUCUCACUCAGCCUACACCAUAAUUUGUUGGCACUGCUGCUACCUAUACUUGAGUCCUUCAACCCAGUGCUGGACAAACCAAACACUGAAAAUUCUUAGAGCUCAAAAGCUCUUUAAAGCCUUCCUGGGGCUCCUUAGACUAAAGUCUGCUGCAUGAGUGUCAACAGAUCCUCGGGACACGGAACUGUCGGUCCAGAGAGAUAGCUCAGCAGUUAAGAGUACUUCCUUCUCCCAGAGGACCCAAGUUCUGUCCCCAGCACCCACAUCAUGUGGCCCACAACCACCUUUAACUCCAACUCCGAGGGAUCUGACACCCUCUACUGGUGGUACACACUCAUGCAGAUGCAUAUACUUACAUCUGAGUAAAAAUAACUCAAAACGUUUUCACAACAGAAAACUGGCAAAAUAAUGGCUUAGGUGUAGUGAGAAAGAAACUCAGAUCCAGCUGUAUCUCAUAUUUAACUUGGUAUUGCAGCUUUCUAGUGCCUCGAGAUGAAGGGUAUGUACGUACAUGGAUGAUCUACCUUCAUGGGGCUGGUUCACAUCUGAGCAAGGAAUUUAAAUGACUAUAGCAGGUUUGUCAGUACAUGCCUACAAUCUCAGCACUUGGGAUUCUGAGGCAGGAGGAUCAUGAGUUAAGGUCUAGCCUGGUCUAUAUACUGAGACCUUAUCUCAAAAAAGCCAAAAAUUAAAUUGAGACUGUAACUUCAAUGGCUUAUUGACUGUACUGCCCACAGCACUACUAGACUCCAGCAUUUAUAUGUGCUCUUAACCCUGUAACUGGGAGAACCGUCUCACAAUGGGUGUGGCUGAGGAUUCAGACACCAGGCUUUAUACGAAGAGUCUCCAGUACCAUUUAACCCUAAUUGGGGAAUGGGGACAGGUUUCAAGACAGGGAUUCUCUGUGCAUAUCUGGCUAGCCUCGAACUCAGAGAUUUGCCUGCCUCCUGAGUGCUGGGAUCAAAGGUGUGUGCCACAACUGCCCGACUUAACCCUAACUUUUCAUAGCUGGCAAAUGUGCUACUCUUUAUUGCCUUUCCAAAUCUCUGGGAGCCUUGCUAAAAAAAGCAAGUCUUGGGUCCAACACCGACCUGCCAAUAAGAGUGGCCUUGCCAUCUUGGAUCACUCUCCUUGUUCUUGGAGCGUCCACACUGACUUCCAACCAGAGCAGCUUUGCCCUCUCUCCACCUCGCGGGUUCUCAGAGACCACACUGUCUGAUUGGAAAUUAUCACCGCAGCGCUUGGCAGCCAUCAGGGGAGAUCCAGGCAGCUUUGCCACCCUUGUCCCACAAGUCCAGCCCAAACACCAGACUGGCCAACAACAGUGGUGGAAGGCCUCGCCCAGGAGCCAAAACCAGAAACGGUUAGAUGUGACUGGAUCCACUUCUGAGCAUAUAGAUCCUUCCAGACAUGUUUUUUCAGGUGACCCUCAACUACCUCAGGUUUGAAGACCCUAAGUUAAACCGAUUAGCAUUCUAGGGACAAACCGAGGAACCCCAUUAAAUCUUGGUAAUAACUUAAUGUCUCGAGCUUAUAAAAGACUCUCAAAUGUGCAGGGCAGGGAUGGGGUUGGUUUUUGUUUGUUUAUCCUCCUCCCCCCCCCACUUUCUGUUUAACCUUUUCCACAGUUUUCCAUUAGAAUAGUCCCCAAAAGUGAAUUUCACUUUUCACUGCGUGCCUACCUUCCCAGGGCAGGUGGUCACGGGCUCUAGUUUCCUCCCAACAGUACUUUUAUUAUGGAAUGAAGACCUUUGUAUAAUGCAUUACAUCUGUGUUUUAAAUUUUUCCAAUAAAUACGUCAGCCUGGC